AUGCCCUCACCAUCACCAGAGCCUCACUCAUGCGAGUGGUGUCGCAGGCUCCUCGUCAUACACGCCGAAGCCGAUAUUCCGCGUCGGGAUCGGAGCGAUAGACACGACGCAAGGUGGAACAAGAUCGUCUUCGACGCCAGUCUCACGGAUCUCCUGCAUGUUCAGCAGAAAACAUGUGCCUUCAUAGACUGGAUCCUCGACGGGGAGUGCAUCGCAAGACCAGACAUUGGUGAAUGCGUCGACAACAUAUCUGGCGAGGUCUAUCAGAUGGACCUAGAAGAGCUCGAGCAGUUCCACGGCCAGAUUGACAAGGACCCGGACUGCAGGCUUCCCUCCAUGCGCCAUGCCGUCCAGAGCCGCAGCGAUGGGUACGUCGACUACGUCCUCGUAGCCGAGACGAAUCCCCCGUUCCGUAUGGGUGGUGACCACACGCCAGACGUCCUGACUAUAGAAUACUUUGGGCUUUGGGACCCGCGCACAAAGCUCGUCUCGUAUAGGACGGUCAAGGGUCUGCAGAUAUGUACGCCUCAUGAUAACGCGGCAGCCAGCGACUUCUGGACCCGGCCAAUACAGAAUGAUCCUGCGAAUUGUCUGCCCGCAGUGAAGUCAUGGCUGGCAGACUGCGAGGCUAAGCACGAGAAGUGUAGAGAGCUGAAGACGCAGUCUGGGCCGUCGGCACUCAGGCCUGUUAGGCUGAUUUAUAUUGGUGCAAACUCUACAGCUGGAAGCUUUUCGCUGCGUUUGCAAGAUACGGCGAACCUGAACCCUUUACCGAGAUUCGCAGCUUUGAGCUAUUGCUGGGGCGGCAACCAGACGGUGAAAUGCGAAAUGUCUACGCUAGAGGCAUUCAAAAAGGAUAUUCCCUUUGAGAAGCUGCCUCGGACUAUACAGGACGCCGUCAAAGUCUGCUCGCAGCUCGGAGUCGAGUAUAUCUGGGUCGAUGCUCUAUGCAUCAUUCAAAAUGAAGGAAACGACGAGAAGAUUCUGGAAAUCGCUAAGAUGCCGUACAUCUAUGGUCAAGCGUCUUUCACCGUUAUGGCAUCCAGAGCCAAGACUGCGUGGGAAGGGUUCCUCCAGGACAGAGAGUCGUUCAAAGAGUCUGAUCAAGCGUUUAUUCUCUCAUGGCAGUCUGAAAAGGGUGAGAUGGGAUCGAUUAUCUUGAUCGAGAUGGAGACAGGGCACGAACCUAUUGAUGAGCGGGGGUGGACUUUCCAAGAACGUCUUUUAUCUCUCAGGAUCGUCGAGUUCGGAACACGGCAAACUAGAUGGAGCUGUCAAGAAUCAAUUCCAUCAAUCACCGGGAACGACACGUUAUACGGUCUCGACGUCGGUGAGGGUGCAACCGACGGCUGGAGAAAGAUUGCAGAGCCCAAUGACCUCAGGCAGGAUUCGUUCAACUGGGGCUACUGCUCAAAGACUCCAUCCCCGUGGGGCGCUCUGGUAGAUAUCUACACCAGCCGUACUCUAUCCUUCAACACUGAUCGUGCUCUGGCCAUGUCGGGAGUCGCGGAGCGCUUCGCCGUGUUGACUGGCGAUGAGUACGCCGCUGGUCUCUGGAAAAGGAGCAUUCGCGACGAGUUGCUCUGGAGAGUGGAGCAGGAUGAGCGGCUAAAUCGGGCUGCGGUCUAUCAGGGGCCUUCGUGGUCAUGGUUUGCCGUCAAUAGCAGUGUGAGAGCUUACGUGGCUUUGGGUGACGGUUGGGAAAUCCCUACAUUCGAUGGCGAUGUGACGGAUGCGACAGAAGUCUACCACGCCGAAGUCAUGUCUGUUUCGGCCGAGCCAGUGAACAAGAAAGCUCCCUACGGCGACGUCCGUGGCGACUCAGGUCGGCUUAGACUCCGUGGGAGACUUGCGGCGGCCACCCUCAUCAAUAAUUUGACAGGGAACUCGGAGAAUGAUCCGGAAGAUGCCUUUGAUAUAACUAGUCCUCAGAGCUCACAAGGCAUUCUCGAUUCAGGGGCCAAGCUCAUGGGUACCAGAAACAUCAGCUGUCACCUUGAUUGCCUAGAUGAAGUAGACGUCAAGUCUGCAGGCUCUGAGGGGUACGUGGCACUGGAGAUCAAGAGAGUGCGCGGGUACUCUGCCGACUGGACUAUACUCGGAUUGAUUCUACAGCCGGUCAAGAUGAAUGGGGGAAGUUCGUUGAAUGGUGUGCCAGCUUACAAAAGAAUUGGCACGUUUGAGUUGGAGUUGGAGACUACAUUUGACGACUUGGAUGACGAUGAGAGCCUUCAGAGCGAGGAACGUUGCUUCUUCGACUUCAUCCAACCACAAGUGAUAGAGAUAUUUUGA